AUGGCUGAACCAAACCCACCGUCAAGAGAGCGUCAACACCUACAGGCCCAAUUUGCAAGGGACGAACGAACGAUUUUCACACAGAUCAGAGCAUUCUUUCGUGCUCCUGCGACGAUCGACUCCUUGCUCAUCCUGAACGUGAUGUCGAAGCUCUUCAUGGUGUCGGCCAUCACAUUCAUUUGGGCGCGGACGAGGCCGUUGGGUUCUAUUGGGCGAAAUGUUUUAGCGUUCCUUACCGUGAGCGACAUUGGUAUCACGCAGUUUUUAUGGGAGUUCAAUGAUCUCCAAUCUUGGCGACUCGAUCCUCCCCAGAACGAUGAUGUGGCUAUUCAGACCGAACCUGAGAGCAUUGAGAUGACAAGAGUUGUGGUACAACCAGAUGCGGCUGUACUGCCGUCUUCGGAGUUUGUGGGAGUGAGGAGCCUGCGAGCUAUCGAGGCGAGAAACCGACGUCCGAGGGUUGCAGUACAAAACGAUGCUCCUCCUGCGCUGCCUUCUUUCGAAUUCGAGAGAGCGAGACCACGACCUGUCAGGCAGAACAAUCUACAUCCAAGGGUUGACGAGGACGCUGGUGUUAGCCAGGCAGGACCAAGAGUUUCCUUCCAGCUACCUGUGGAAACUGUGAGGUAUCUAUAUGCUAAUGCGGAUGUGGAUGUGGAAGUUGCUUCUUCACUGCCCUCUCUCGACUCUGAGACUACCCCAACGCCUCCGGAUACUGAAGAGUCAGUGGAUGCUCCUUCGUUGUCUUCUCUCGUGUUCGGUGCCUCUCUCGACUCUGAGACAACUCCAACACUUCUGGAUACUGAAAAGUCAGUGGAUGAUCCUUCGGUGUCUUCUCUUGUGUUCGGUGCAGUUACAGCGAUAUCAGAGGAUGCCUAG